GCUAGCCUUGCGCGCGGUGCAUUGUGGGAGUGGAAGUGCCCUCUCCACGUUGGAGGAGGCUCCUGGAGACAAAAUGGCGGCUGCCAGGAAGAGGAAACUUGCUGACCUGAGCGUCGAUGAAUUCCUGACUUCCAGAUUUGAUUCUGAUCCGGAUGAUGAUGACGCUGAUGGUUCGGAAGAAGAUGCUUUGAUGCUGAAUGGAGAACGUGGGAUGAACGGAAAGCGAUCACAGAAUGGAAAGGCUGGCAGCAAGAAGAAGGCGGCAGUCAAAGCGAAGCCAGUGGAAAUGAAGCCGAAGAAGGGGAAGGCUUCGCAACACAAAGACCAGCUCUCUCGGCUGAAGGAGAAGGACCCAGAAUUUUACAAGUUCUUGGAAGACAACGACCGCACUCUGCUAAAUUUCGACGAUUCGGAUAGCUCUGACGAGGACGACGGCCGUCACGUCUUGCCUGAAAAGCUGGAGGAAGGAAGCGAUGACGACGAGGAUGACGACGAAGAAAAGGAAGGGACUGGCAAAAGGGAAAAAGUUGACUUCAUCACUGUAAAUUUGAAGAUGGUGGAACAGUGGAAAGCAGCUGCGGAGAAGCAGCUCUCGCCCAGACUUUUCCAUGAGAUCACUCAGGCUUUCAAAGCCUGUGUGGUGACAGCCAAGGGAGAUGCGGCUGGGAUGGGUCCUGGCAAGUUCAAAGUCAUCGACAGUACAGUUUUCAACGCACUUGUCUCCUUCUGUGUCCGUGAUCUCUUUGGUCUGCUGCAGAAAUUCCUUCAGGUGAAAGCUGCAAAGAACAAGUCCAAGAUGGUCUUGCCUUCUUCCAGUCCGCUUUGGGGCAAGCUACGUCUGGAUGUCAAGACUCACCUUGGCUGUACCAUUCAGCUCCUGUCGUGUUUAACAGAAGCCUCCGUAGGGGCUGCUGUCCUGCAGCAUGUCAACUCCAUUGUGCCUUACUACUUGACUUUCCCAAAGCAAUGCCGGAUGCUGCUCAAGCAAGCCAUCCGUCUCUGGAGCACGGGUGAGGAAACUGUGAGGGUGUUAGCUUUCCUCGUGCUCAACAAAAUCUGUCGACACAAAAAAGAUGCCUGCCUGAAUCCAGUCCUUAAGCAAAUGUAUAUUUCGUACGUGAAGAACUCCAGAUUCACUUCUCCCAAUGCCCUUCCCAUGAUCAACUUCAUGCAACGGACUCUGACGGAGAUGUAUGCGCUUGACACUUCCAUCUCCUACCAGCAUGCCUUCAUCUAUAUCCGCCAGUUGGCCAUUCACCUGCGCAGUGCCAUGACUGUGAAGAAAAAGGAGAACUACCAGUCAGUCUACAACUGGCAGUACGUUCAUUGCCUCUACUUCUGGUGUCGGGUCUUGAGCACCCUCUAUCCCAAUGCCGUCAUGGAGCCCCUGAUUUACCCUUUGACCCAGGUCAUCAUUGGCUGCAUUAAGCUGGUACCUACAGCUCGAUUUUAUCCCUUGCGCAUGCACUGUGUCCGAGCUCUAACUCUGCUGUCGGAGAACACCCGGACCUUCAUUCCUGUCCUGCCUUUUAUUUUGGAGAUUUUCCAGCAAGUAGACUUCAACAAGAAGCCAGGUCGCAUGAGCAAUAAGCCCAUUAACUUUGCCGUCAUCUUGAAACUCUCCAAUGCCAACCUGCAGGAGAAAGCGUUUCGGGAUGGACUCAUUGAACAGCUGUAUGACCUGACGUUGGAGUAUCUUCAUGGCCAUGCCUACAUGAUUGGUUUUCCAGAGCUAGCUCUCCCUGCUGUUCUUCAGCUGAAGUCUUUCCUGAAGGAGUGCAAGGUUGCCAACUAUUGCAAGACAAUCCGUCAACUCUUGGAGAAGUUGCAGGAAAACUCUGCCUACAUCACUACCAAGCGCCAGAAAGCCAGCUUUGGCGUCGCUGACCGGGAGGCUGUGGAACAAUGGGAGAAGAAGAUCAGAGAAGAAGGGACUCCACUGACGAAAUACUAUGCGCAGUGGAAGAAGCUAAGAGAGAAGGAGAUACAGCUGGAGAUCAGCGGCAAAGAACGGCUAGAAGACCUGAACUUCCCCGAAAUCAAGCGGAGGAAGCCAGGCGAACAUAAAGAAGAUGACAAGAGGGAGUUUAAGGAACUUUUUGAGAUGGACAGUGACUCAGAGGAAGAAGGCACCGGCAGCCUUUUGGUCAAAGAGAAAUCAAAGGCCAAGAAGGGCAGCGUAGACAGCGCUUCGUUCGGCAGCAGUGAAGAGGAGGAGGAAGAUGACAGCGACGACGACGACGGAGAAUAUGAAGUGGAGGAUGAGGAUGAUGAAGAGGAAGAGAACUGGAGUGAUUCAGAUGGGAGCGAUGCCAAGGGGUCCAAGCACAAAGGAGUCCGCAAACAGAUCUCCCGGGCAGAGCUGCGCCAACUGGCCCAGGGACCGGAGGACGUGGUGGAAGAGCUGGACUUCUCUGACGAGGACGAUGUGUGACGGCACCGUGCGGGGAAAACAUCCGGCUGGAGCUUUCCUCCCUUGCGGAGAACCGCAAGUGACUUUUGAGGGAAGGUAGGAGCUGGGCAAGGGGAGUAACCCAGCUUCCCCCCUUCGAAGCAGCGCUUGGGGUGGGAAGGAUGUUGCUCCAUUGAAGCUGCCCCCCCGAGGCACCACUUGGAAUGCGAAAAUCUUCUCCAGCCGCGUUUUAUGCGUCGAGGAGAAGCACAAUAAAAUUUGCGGUUUGGCCAGGGGGCUGUGAAGCCGUUCAGCUGAGGCAGUAAAAGGCCCGGUCACAAAUACACCUCUUAAAUAAUGUGAGGCAGAUGAAGCUGCCGUUGCCACUCAGAUUCCUGUUUGGCUUUUUUAGACUCCAAACCAUCCUUCCCUCUCUGCAGUUCAGUUUGUCUGGGGACCAUGCAGGCCUUGCGUGGAAGAAUUAGCUGUUUUUAAAGCAUUGUAGCUUUUAUUAAAAAAAGGAAAACCAA